AUGGACGCGAUUUCAUUCUUUCUUGGAUCUAAAAUAGAGUACAGAGCAGGACCUUGGAAUGGUCUUCUCUUUCAAUCGAUGAGAAGGAUUGCAUUGAUCUAUUUCAACCAUGAAUUUGAGUUGAAUGAGAAUGAAGUCUGUUAUACUGCUGAGCCCAAAAACAGUUCAGAAGUUAUUAGGUACAUGCUGAACCCAGCAGGCUUUGUUCAGCUCCUUUUAUGGAGUGAUAAACAACGUGAUUGGGAGUCUUUAAUUACGUCACGUCUUGAUCAGUGUAUGAACUAUGCCCUUUGUGGAACAUAUGCUACCUGCAAUGAAAAUGACUCUCCAGCUGUGUGUUCAUGCUUGGAAGGGUUCACGCCCAAAUUUGUAGGAAAGUGGGAUUCAAGAGUUUGGUAUGAUGGGUGUGUUAGAAGAACUCCAUUGGUUUGUAACAAUGGAGAUAGCUUUCACAAGCGCACGGGUUUGAAAUUGCCAGACACGUCCCAUUCCAAGGUUAACGCGACCAUGAACAUCAAAGACUGCAAGCAGUUAUGUUUGAGUGAUUGCUCUUGCACUGCAUAUGCAAAUUCAGAUAUAAGAGAGGGGGGAAGCGGAUGCCUGCUGUGGUUUGGUGAUCUGUUGGACAUGAGAGAUGAUAUAGGGCAGGAUGGGCAAGACCUUUAUAUUCGACUUGCUGCUUCUGAAAUAGCUAAUAUCGAACAAAAAAGGCAAUCAUGGGAGAAAAAGCGAGCAGCAAUUAUAGUCGGCUCUGUCAUAAUAGGAAUUGGAAUGCUGAUACUACCCGUCUUGUGUAUCCUGUGGAGGAAACGCAAUAACAAAGGAUUGACAAUAAAGAAUCGUGCAAUGGAUUGUGAUGAAAGGGAGAACGAAGAGAUGGAAUUGCCAUUAUUUAAUUUUGGGACCAUAGCAAAUGCCACAAAUAACUUUUCUAUUGAGAACUUGCUGGGAAGAGGUGGAUUUGGAUCUGUUUAUAAAGGGUACAUUGCAGAGGGGCAGCACAUAGCAGUAAAGAGACUGUCAAAUGAUUCUGGACAAGGGCUGAAAGAAUUCAAAAAUGAAGUUAUUUUGAUUGCCAAACUUCAGCACCGCAAUCUUGUAAAGCUUCUCGGCUGUUGCAUUCAAGGAGAUGAAAAAUUGUUAAUCUAUGAAUACAUGGCCAACAAAAGUUUGGACUACUUUAUUUUCGAUCAAACAAGAAGCAAUCUACUAGAUUGGAGUAAGCGAGUGAAUAUUAUUGGUGGAAUUGCUCGAGGACUUCUUUAUCUUCAUCAAGACUCUAGGCUUAGAAUAAUCCACAGAGAUCUCAAGUCUAGCAACAUUUUACUGGAUAAGGCAAUGAAUCCAAAAAUUUCAGAUUUUGGCUUAGCUAAAACAUUUUGGGGAGAGCAAACUGAGGCCAACACAAAUAAAGUGGUCGGAACAUGUGGUUAUAUGUCGCCUGAAUAUGCCAUUGAUGGGGUUUUCUCAAUGAAAUCUGAUGUCUUUAGCUUUGGGGUUCUUGUCCUUGAGAUAGUAAGUGGAAAGAAGAACAGGGGAUUUUCCCACCCAGAUCAUGAUCACAAUCUUCUCGGACAUGCUUGGAGUAGGACAGAAAGGAGGCCAAUGGAACUGAUUGGUGAUGCCCUUUGGGACUUUAGCUUGCCAUCUGAAGUGCAGCGAUGCAUUCAUGUGGGAUUAUUGUGCGUGCAGCAACGACCAGAAGAUAGACCAAACAUGUCUUCUGUAAUUUUAAUGCUAGGCAGUGAAAGUGCAUUGCCUCAACCAAAGCAGCCAGGGUUUUUCACAAGGAGGAAUAUGCCUGAAGCUGAGUCUUCAACAAGCAACUGUAAAUCAUCUUCUGCAAAUGAGUGCACCGUUACCCUGUUAGAGGCACGGUAGUUGGAUUUGUCACUUGACAAAUGGAGCUAUGUAACACUCCUGAAUUGUCUGUGUUUUAUGUGUAUGAUGGUUAAGUCGAUAGACAGGCUAAUUUAAGAGGUUAAUGUGUAAUGACUUUAUGUAUCUAUGAAAA